AUCACGUUUCGCGCUCACUAUUAUGGAGAAUCGGAGCAACGAUUCAUCGGGAAUGCCGGCGUCACCAGUAACAGUGAAAGAGGAGCCUCCGGAGCAGCCCAGCAUGAAGCAAAAUAGCACACAACAGUCUCAAGUACAGGAUACAGUCUGUCUCGAGGAGGAGUGUGGCGAUCAGCGUAUCGAAUGCACGACCGAAAGUUCGGAAACCGAGAUUCGCGCGUUCCUGUCCAAAUGUGUCUUUUGCAGUAAAGUAUUCUCUCUGGGAGAUGAUCCUAAACUACUCGAGUGCUUACAUGCCGCGUGCACGACUUGCGUCAAUAAUAAGCUCACUGAUCAUAACACUUCUGUGGAUUCGGAUGUAAUGUUGGAAAGUGAUAUGAUUAUGUGUCAUGUUUGCAACGUUCCUAGCCAAGCAAAUAAUUUAAUUGAAAAUAGAUUUCUUGCUAAAUUGUUGAAUGAAGAAAAUUCCAAUCUGGAAGCAGACAAUGACAAGGAAACUGAAGAGGAAAAGACGUGUACAAGCUGUCACGAUAAUGUUACUGCUACCAGUUGGUGUGUCGAAUGUGAAGAAUUUAUUUGUCACAACUGUGUUCUGGCACAUCAAAGAUUAAAGAUAACCAAGGAUCAUACAAUUAAACCUAAAGAAGAAGUAGCAAAUGACAAAGAUAAUGUUAAAAAAAGUAAUAAAAAGAUACCUGGAUAUUUAUUCUGCACCAUUCAUUCUCAUGAACAGUUGUCUCUGUUUUGUCAGACAUGUGACAGGCUUACUUGUAGAGAUUGUCAACUCAGUGAACAUCGUGAUCACAAGUACAAAUUUAUACACGAAAUUGCUGCUGAAACUCGUUCUUCUAUGUUUACUUUGCUCAAAGAAGUAAGUUACAAACGAGUAUUAUUGAAAAGUGCGAUGAAAGUUAUAGAAGAUAGACAGAUUCUAAUAUUGGAGAAAAAAAAGAAUCUUGUUCAAGAUAUUACGCAAAUGGUAGUACAAUUAACAAACGCUAUUAAUUCGAGAGGAAAACAGUUGGUAAUGCGAUUAAACGAAGUGUGCGAUCAAAAACAAAAAACAUUGAAAGAAAAAAAAGUUGCCUUGAACCAACUAUCGAAACUUACCGAUCAUUGUAUACUCUUCGGCACUCACGCUCUGAAAGAAGGCUCGGAUAUGGAAUUACUAUAUAGUAAAAAAUCUGUUACGAGUCAUUUACAGAGGAUAAAAAGUAGACGAGCCGAUAUUCCAAAUCCCGAGAUACCUGUCCGAAUACAUUUAUCUUUAGAAAAAGUAGAGGAUUUGACAAAAGUAAUAUCAACGAUUGGAGCGAUAAUUGUCGAUGGCAGAGUAUAUCCGUCCAUAUCUCCAUCCGGGAACAACGGCACGACGACGUCUUGUAACGAGUCGCAAAUAGAGCAAAAGCAACCAACCAAUUCGACAAACGCUCAUACGGAUAGUAUUGUUCCUCAUGUCCAAGGAUACAGGGAUAUGACAGGAAUAGUGACGCAGCAAUCUGCAACUGCACAACAGAAUUCCUAUCAGCAAAUGCCAAUGCAUGUACCGCAACAACUUCCUCAUCAUUCGCAGAAUUAUAUGCCACAAUACACCCCGCCGCCGCCGCCGCAUAGUAUGCCGCCUCGAUCAUCGCCACAGGCUCAGCCGCGAGUGCCAGCGGCGUACCCCGUCAACUACAACAAUAACAGACUGCAACAACAGCUCAAUUACAUCCCAAUGACCGCUCAGCCGCGUCCUUUAGGUAACUGUCAUCAACAACAGGUUACCUCGUCCACGCAUCCCCAUCAACAGGUUCAGAGUCUUGACCAGCAUGGACAGAAUGCGAGCCUACGGGGUUUACUCACGCAUAAUCCUUCUCUUCCACCUCCUCCUUACCCGUCGUAUCGAGGAUCGACUAAUCACGUUUCUUAUCGAUUCCCUACUGGAUACAGAUAUCCCUCAGGUAACAAUUCUCAGAGAGGACCACCGACACAGGCGGUAGUCCAAGUACCGCCGCCGUAUCAGCCGCCAAACGUAGUGCCACCUGUGACUACAGCACGUUUGCCACAAUGCAAUUUGACAUCUCCAUCGUCGCAACACGUUGGGAAUUAUACGCCUCGUUGGCACAUACCUCAACAAUCAAAUCCUUGCCUUCCGUCUAGACAGCAGCAAACCACUUCCCAUAUGCCAGUUCCUGGCAACGACACGUACAAGAUAACUUUAAGGAAUCAACAAACAAGCAAUAUUCCAAAAAGUAACACCGUCACCACAAGCGCCAAUUCGUGCGACACACCGCCGCAAAAUGUACCUCUCACCGCUGCCGUCAGCUCGUCAAUACCGAAAACACCUAGUCCCGCAAUCACACCUGGUAAAUCGGACGACACCGAAAAGAGUAUAGAUAAGUUUUGUCAGAAGUCGCUGAACGAUCUAAUGCUCACUAUUGCGAAAUUAGAUAGCAACGGAAUCGUAGUGAUACCGGAGGCUCAAAGAAGUCAAAUGGAUUCAACGCAAGUUGACAGUUCUACCGAUGAGGACAUGAACUCGAUGGCUGAAAAUACAACAGCAGAUAAUUCGAAGAAUUCAGCAUCGGCUAUGAUGAUGAAAGACGAUCCGAAUGAGGAUUGGUGUGCCGUAUGUAUGGAUGGCGGUGAUGCGGUGCUGUGUUGUGAUAAAUGUCCAAAAGUCUUCCAUCUUUAUUGUCACAUACCUAGUUUAAAGUCAUUUCCAGACGAAAGUGAAACUUGGCAGUGUAUGUUGUGUACGAAUGUGUUAGAUUGUUCAGAUGAUACUGCGAGCAAUGAGAAAAGACCAAACGCUAUAAGCGCCAAGGAAUUGCGAAUUGCGCAGAGAAUUGUAUUAGAACUCUAUUGUCAAUAUGAGCAAAGUCUGCCUUUUCGAGAAGUUGUAUCAAGCGAGAUUACUGAUUACCAUAGGAUUAUUAAGAAACCGAUUGCAUUAGAUAUAAUCAGAGAUAAAUUAAAACCCGAUCAUGUGGAACAUUAUACAGAUCUGAGGCAAGUUAUGGCAGACAUCAGACUCAUGUUUAAAAACGCAUUUACCUACAAUCCUGUGGAUUCGCAGGUUUAUCAGGAAGCGAGAAAUUUGGAAGAAUUUUUUGAGAAGCUACUCUUGAAAUGGGCACCAAAUUAUGCAUACGACGAUCCUUUCCUCGCUACCGAUAAAGACGAGGACGAAGAAGUCUUUCCACCUAAUAGAAAGUACAGACGCAUAAUCAGCGACUAAUAGAAAAUGACAUCUCUCUAUUCGUAGCUAUUGCGUCUAGAAAACAGAGAUGUAUCGCGCUAAUGUAGUAAUUAAUGUCUAGGAAGCACAAUGUAGACAGCAUAUAAAGCUAACGGGUAUGUGUGUACGCGUUUUAUUUAAAAUGAACACUCUUAUAUAAGUUUUUUUUUUUUUACUUUGACAAAUAGAAUCAACUAUAUCGUUAAAUCCGUGCUAUUAAUGUAAUAUUAAUAACGUUAUUUACAGAUAAGUUGUAAUUUUACACUUAUUACAACAGAUUUUAUUAUACAUGAUUAGAUGAUCUAAAUUUUUACAUUUAAGUGAAGUUAUAAAAGCUUUUGCUUUUUAGUAUACGUUGGUACAUAUAAAUGCACAUUCACUUUUACUUUGUUAAAGCCUUUGCAUGUGGUGAUGAAAUUUUCGUCGUAACUAAAGUUGUAAACAAAUCAGUUGAUAAUUAUCAGUCAAUUAUCAGAAUGCUGGCAUAAGAAAGAAAUGCCAUUUAUCUUUCUGAAGUACGUUCGUUCUUAUUAUGCCAGCACUUUCGCUAAAAUAAAAUAAUGCUGACUUGUGAUUGGGUAGUUACGACCAACACAUUUUCACAUGCAAUGGCUUUUAGUGAUUUUUUUGCAUAAUACUUGGGUGCUUUCCAACUAUGUACAUACAUACACAAGCGACGCUGUGUAACACAGUGUCUAUUGGUGAGAGAAAGAGCAUAUCAGUGUGUCUCACUCAAACUCAACGGACACUGUGUUACAGUGUCGCCUGUGUACGUAGCUCGGAAGCACCCCUUGUUAACAUCUUAUUUAAUUAAUUAUUGAAAUAAUGUAAAACAUACUUGGUGAGCAACAUUGAUUUCUCCUUCAUCUUGUUACUCGUCGCGCGCAUGUGCAAAAUGUUUUAUAAAAAUCUUUGUAUACUUGUAUAAAUAGGAAUAAAUGUUUGUUUAUAAUUUUCA